UUUAAAAGGGGUGAAUCCAACGAGUCAUUUAUGCCACAAGAAAGCCCAAACACGUUACAUGAAACCCUAAUUUCAAUAUCUGACACAGCUUUUUUCUUCUCAACAAUUCAUUCACCAGCCGAACUCAACUCAACGCUACAAUGGUUAACGUUCCAAAGACAAAGAAAACAUACUGCAAAAGCAAGGAAUGCAAGAAGCAUACCUUACACAAAGUUACCCAAUACAAAAAGGGUAAAGAUAGCAUCGCUGCUCAGGGAAAGCGUCGUUAUGAUCGCAAACAAUCUGGUUAUGGUGGUCAGACUAAACCUGUUUUUCACAAAAAGGCCAAAACCACUAAGAAAAUUGUCUUGAGGCUUCAGUGUCAAGGUUGCAAACAUGUUUCUCAACAUGCUAUUAAGAGGUGCAAGCACUUUGAGAUUGGUGGUGAUAAGAAGGGAAAAGGAACGUCUCUAUUUUAGUUGCAGAAUUAGAAUUCUGCAUUUUCAAUGUGUUUUUCUAUUGUACCCAUCUUUGGCUUUUUAAUUUUGCAGAAAUACUUUUUGUUUGAGAUUUUUGUUCUAAUGGAUGGUUUUUUACUUGAAAUUUUGCACUGCAUUAUGUUUUUC